GUUCACUCUCCAGGCGACCUCUGUUGACGACUUCCUGCACAACGAAUCAAUCUCGCCAAUAUUGCAGCAAAUCCGACACAAUCUGGUGUCUACGAUAGCCAUAAUUCCCUCCUCAAUCAUUUCCUUCGGUGUUAGCCCUCCUCCGUUGCCUUCGUCGACCUCAAACCCGCAGUCUUCUAACAGCUGCUUCUGCUACUCCAUCCCCCCUCAUCACCAACAUGUCUUCGACCGCGCCCAUGAGCAAACUGCAACCUUCGGAGAACAAUGAAGCCGACGUCUCACAGACAUCCAAGACGACCGCAAAUCAAGCCCCCGCUCUGCUGGAGGAGGAUGAUGAGUUUGAGGACUUUCCUGUUGAGGAUUGGUCGCAAGAAGAUACUGAAGUGCCCGGUGGCUCCUCACAUCUAUGGGAGGAGAGUUGGGACGAUGAUGACGAGAACGAAGACUUCAGCAAGCAAUUAAAAGAGGAGCUUAAAAAGGUCGAAGGAAAUAAAUAGGCUUUCGUCUACAUCACCAAAGGUCAAAUCAAGUUGCAUUGUGCACGGCGUUCUUGGGUUUAUUGAGGCCAUAGAGAUAUUGCACUAGUCAGGUCCGAAAGGUUUCCUGGGUCGGCAACUGCAACUCGUUAAAACUAUCAUACAGCGAGACUUAUGUGACUUUCUUCUUGCUCGUCAUAGGUUCGGGGUUUGGAUACGCGCUCGCUUGACUGAAUUUCACUCUUCCCGCAUUGAAACACCA